AUGUUUCGGCAGAUCCUGAUUGCGCGAGCGGACGAUGGGUUGCCGUUGGCAGAGAGCUUGGAGGAGGAUCCCUCCCUGCGCCCAUUCAAGGUGCAGGCAAAGAAGAUCCUGAGGAAAAUCACACAGCCAAGCAACCCACAGCGAUGCACCAUCGACACCAACUCGCCGUUUGUUUUCCACUACUAUGUUGAGAAUGGCGUGUGCUACAUGGUGCUUUGUGACAAAGACUUUUCAAAGAAGAUGGCAUUUGCCUUUCUGGAGACACUUCACAAAGAGUUUGAGGAGGAAUAUGGUGCGCAAGUGGCGACGGCAACGCGUCCAUACAAGUUCAUCGGAUUUGAAUCUCGGAUGCAGAAGCUGCGGCGGUCGUAUGAGGACUCAAGAACAGCGCACCGCAACCUCGCGCGCAUCAACAACGAACUCCAAGAUGUCCAGCGCAUCAUGCGUCGCAACAUCGACGAAGUUCUGGACAGGGGCGAGCGGCUCGAUGAUUUGUCUGACAGGGCGGACUCGCUCAAGGGGAAAUCGCAGAAGUACCGCCGGUCUGCGGAGGAGCUCAAGUGGCGGGCACUGAUGGCGAAGCUUUGGCCCGUCAUCGCCGUCGCUGUCGUUGUUCUCGUCUUCCUCUACUUCUACUUUGCAUGGUGA